CCGCCAUCAUGUUCCCCCACCGCCGCAGAUGCUUACGAGCGCUUGACCUCUCCUCUGCUCCACCACUGGACCGCCUUGGAGGCCGCUGACACGUCCCGAGGCUCUCGGGGAGACAGGCUGAAGGCCCCCACCAUUUCCGCGCUGAAGUCGGACGCGCCUGACGCGCCCGAACCCUCUAUAUCUGGUUAGCGUGCGCCUCAGCGUCAACGGGAUUCCCAGGAAGAAGGACAGCAGUGCCAUAUAUUCAGUGCACAACGGGCCUCAACUUGACGUUGACUAUUGAGGAGAGAAGUACACCAUCGAGCACCUGGAGCCAAUAUGCUACGCGUCCUCCGCUCACGGCACUCCCAAGCGCCUCAGCCUCAGCAACCGACACAUGCGUCGACCAUGCCCGUAGAGGGCACGAUCGCGGACGAGGGGAACGGUGCCGCGCGCCUCGAUCUGAACCGCGUUCAGCAGCGGAGACAAACCCAAGAAGAACAAGAUCAAGAGGAUGACCGGGAGCGGAAGAAGGCGAUGAAGGAGCUGGUGCAGUCGUGGAUGGACAGGCUGCAGCUCAUUUCUGUGAUCACCACGUUCUUCGCGUCUACCGAAGCUGGGUUACUGCAGGUCGUUGCGCCCAGUGAUCCGAGUGACAUGAGUGCCACCGAAAGUGCGGCCAAUGCGGGUGUACUUGGCGCGCUUGUGUUGCAUACGAAUGCUGCAAUCCUAUCAUUCCUCGCCUCCUUCCUUCUCGUCCGGUACAAGGUCGAAGAGGCCAAGAAGGAAGAGAUGAAGAUCGAGUAUGCGGCGAGCGAUCACGACCACUCGGACGCAGGGAGUGAACACCCGGACGCACCCUCCUACGAGGGAACGGACAUCGAGAAGGGGCCCGUGACGAUCGAGAUGACCGCGUCCGAGCCAAGCACCAAGCGCGAUGCCCCAGUUCCCAUGAGCAGGACGGGAAGCAACCCUGCCAAGGCGCGAAGUAAUGCUACGAACAAUGGAAGCAACCCCACCCUGUCUGUGCACAACCUCAAGCGUCCGCCCGUGACAGUGACGAGUCCCUCGCCAAUCUCACCCUCGCAGACGCAUUCGAUUUCGAACCCGUCGUUUGCGUCGCCGUUGGCGAGUCUGCGGGCGAUGAAUUCGAGCGAGCGGCGGCAAACGCUGUCGGAGCCGCCUAUCUUCCACGCGAACCCACACUUAGAGCAAGUAGGCCCGUUUGCGAUGCUGCAGCCGCCAACGCAUCUGUUGAGUCGGUGUCAUGCUCUAUGUUUAUGGCUGAGUGCGCUCGGGUUUGUGCUCGCUAUCAUGGGUAUCGCCUGCUUUGCUUGGAGCCGGACGACGACCGGCGUGGCGAUCUUCACGACGGCGCUUAUUGGUGGGUCGGCAUUGGCUUCAGGGCUUGUUUUCCUAUACCCCUCGACAUGAUGAUACCUCCUUGCACGUCGCGUACGAUGAAGACACUUCGCUCGCUUGA